AUGAUGGUUUGCGGGCGUCUUACAAUAUCUCCAAAAUCCGGAAAACCGCAUACUAUCGGAGAGAAGUUAAUUUUGCCAGCCGUUGAAGAGGUUUUAAAAACUGUUUUACACAAACCUGCAUCUGAUAUCAUUAAAAGAAUUCCCUUAAGCAACAAUACUGUUGAAAGACGUAUUGAUGAAAUGAGUUCUGAUAUUGAAAGCUUCUUAUGUAAUUAUUUGCAAACGGCCCAUUUCUCUAUACAACUGGACGAGUCAACUUUACCUGAUAAUGCAGCAUUAUUAUUGGCAUAUGUUCGUUUUAUUAUGAAUCAAGAAAUCUACGAAGAACUGCUCUUCGCAAGAACUUUGAUAACCGACACUAAAGGUGAAUCAAUAUUUCAUGCUUUGAAAGAUUACUUCAUUGAAAAAACAAUUCCUUUAUCAAAUAUAAUAUCAGUAGCUACAGAUGAAGCACCUGCCAUGGUUGGACGUUAUCGUGGAGUUAUAAGCUAUUUAAAACAAAAUGUAUUGCAUGAAUCACUUCAUUUAGUCAUUGAUGUAGUAAACCGAAUCCGAAGCAACGCGUUGAAUACGCGGUUAUUUGCGCAGUUGUGUGAAGAAAAUGACGAACACUUUCAUCAAUUACUCCUUCACACUGAAGUACGCUGGCUGUCGAAAGGCUUACGUUUGACAAGAUUUUUUGCACUUUUUGAGAAUAUUUUAGAAUUUCUGGAUACUAAAGAUAAAACUUUAAAAGAAAAUUUAAUGAAGAGGAAAACAGACCGCCUAUUUAACAGAUUUGUUUACAAAAUUUAA